CAUUUGUUGUCUUGACGUCGGCUGCUAGAGUUUUCGUUGCACGCAGUUGCAGAAGAAGGUCACGGCUGAACAGUGAAUUAAUUUGUCCUGAAAAGUCAAAAUGAGUCGAUUUGCUAGUAUAAUAAGAAAGACGUUUGGGGUGAUCAAAGAGCUCGUGGGGACAGAUCAUCUUGGUAAUAAAUAUUAUAUGAUACCAGAACAGAAGACAUGGACAGGAAGAGUCGUACGGGCAAAGAAAAUGGUGGUCGCCCUCAACCCUAACGAAUUUGAGUAUACAGAGGGAAGCAUACCCUCAGAAUGGGAUGCAUGGAUUCGUGGCCGUCGAAAGCAACCCCCCACCAUUGAGGAGCUUCUGAAGAACGAGCGCUACAGAAAAGAGAUCAAAGUGAAGGCUCGGGAGGUGGAAGAGAGGGACUUGGCCUUGCAGGCAAAGGAGUACGAGGAAGGACUUAUAGCAAGCCCCACACAGACCCUGGCUACAGGCCAUGCAGCCGCCACCCCAUUUGGCAAAGCAGAAGUCAGCGAAGACCCUGUGAGCUCUGGUGGCUCUUUCCAGCCGGGGUCCUGGGCACCCUCAGAAUCCAAAAAAUAAACCAGGGGUUUGGCCCUGACUUACAGAUUCUAGUUACACAAGUGUUUAUGGACAUUUACCUUAGAGGGCGAUGAGGUGCAACCAGGAUGGGUUGAUUGCUGCAGAGUUCUCUGUCAACAGGCAGAGGUGGGACAGUGGCAGUAUUUUGGGGAGCUAAUCCCGAUGGACGUACUGUGGGGUUUGAAGUGCAGGUCCUGGUGUCGACACGAUUAUUAGUUACUCCAAAUACUUUGAAAACUGUUAUAAGGAGCUUCACUGUGAAGCUGCUGCGGUGGGUUCAUUACCACUGUGUGCUCUGGAGAGGGGGGACACUCGGGGGCCAAACUACUGCUAAUUUGAAUGCUAUGAAUGUUCCAGGAAGGUUUGAAAGAUCUCUCAGUGAAUAUUUUGAUUACGGGUUUAUAUUUUAUCCCCCCAAUCAUGUCCCUUCCAUCAAACUGAAUACUUCUGAAAUGCAUGCGUGGUGGUUUCAGUGUAGCCUAUUUCAGAGAAUUCAAAUAUCUAAGUUAGGAUUCACUGUAUUGGUUUUGUCAAAUAAAAUGGAAAUGUCUC